UUGUUGCCAGUGCGCCGGAGCACACCACGUGACUCCCCGCCAGGCCUGCUGUUUGUGCAGCCGGAGCAGAGCAGAGAAAUGGCGGCCCUGGGCAAACCUGCUCCCGCCGGGCUGACGCUGUGAGCCCUUUAUGCCCCAGAACCACAGCGGGGCUGCACGGGGUCGGGUUACCGCACCGUUUCACUCAUCUACGGCGCUUCAGCGUGGUGGCAGCGGCGCGGCUUUUGCUGUUUUUUGCAGCGGUUGUACGUGCAUGAGUCCUUGCAGAAACCGGGACUGUAAAGUAGCAGAUUUCUCCCGAACAUGAGAGGGAAGCGGGGCAGGCCGCCCAAGCCCCCGCUCGCCGGGGCCGGGGAGUCCUCCUGCUCCAGCCGGGGCCUGCGGCCGCGCAGGAACCUGAAGCCCCGCUUCAGGGACAGCGGGGACGAGGAGCCGGACAGCCCGGGCAGGGAGCCGCCGAAGCCGGGCAGGAGGCGGCGAGCUCCGGGGGCCGGGGCUGCGCGGGGCCGGGGGAGAGGAGGCCGGGCCGGGGCCCGCGGGGGCCGGGGCGGCCGAGGCGGGGGCCGCCGGCCCGCCGCCUGCAAGACCGUGGUGUACGACGACCACGAGAGCGACGAGGAGGACGACGCCGUCAGCCUGAGGUCGGAGGAGGACGAGCUGGGGGAGGAGGAGGAGGACGAGGCCCUGCGGGGGGAGUCCGACGGCCCGGACCUGGACCAGGACCAGGACCAGGACCUGCAGGGGGACCAGGAGGAGGAGGAUGCCGCCAGCGUCUGCACCGAGAGCAGCUGGAGGAGCCAGAGCACCCGCGCCAGCACCCCCGGGAAGAAAAAAGGACGAGCUCCCCGACCCCGUACUCCCAUCCUGGAGGAGAAGGAGAUCCCUCUCCUUGAACUUCCAGACACAUCCGAGGACAUCAUGGUGCCUAACGAAGAGCUGCUCAACGCCACCUCCAUCUACGAGGUGUUAAGGAACUUUAGCGUGGUGCUACGGCUUUCUCCCUUCCGGUUUGAGGACUUCUGCGCGGCCUUGGUUGGCCAGGAACAAUGCACAUUGAUAGCAGAGACCCACAGUGCUCUUCUGAAGGCCAUCCUACGCGAGGAGGACUCCUCCAACACUACCUUCGGCCCUGCAGACCUCAAGGACAGCGUCAACUCCACUUUGUAUUUUAUUGACGGCAUGGCAUGGCCUGAGGUGUUGCGGGCUUACUGUGAGAGCGACAGGGAAUACCAUCAUGUGCUGCCAUUCCUGGAGACGGACGAAUAUCCCUACAGUCCCCUUGAAAGUAAGGUCAAGGUGCUGCAGUUCUUGGUGGAUCAGUUCCUCACGACUAACAUUGCCCGUGAGGAGCUCAUGUCCGACGGCAGCAUGCAGUAUGACGACCACUGUCGUGUGUGCCACCGGCUCGGUGAGCUGUUGUGCUGCGAGACUUGCUCGGCGGUUUAUCACCUAGAGUGUGUGAAACCCCCGUUAGAGGCAGUUCCUGAAGGGGAGUGGCAGUGUGAAAUUUGUGUGGCACACAAGGUGCCUGGGGUCACAGACUGUGUCACUGAGGCUCAGAAAAACAGACCCUACGUCCGCCAGGAGCCCAUCGGAUACGACCGCCACCAGAGGAAAUAUUGGUUCCUUAUUCGAAGGAUCAUUGUUGAGGAAGAUGGGGAACAUGAGAAGAAAAAGAUCUGGUACUACAGCACCAAGGCCCAGCUGGAGGAGCUCAUGGAGUCUCUGGAUAAGGAGUACUGGGAGAUGGACCUGCACGCCACCCUGAAGGAGAUGAAGGAGGAAGUGCAAGCCCACAUGGACAUCACAGAGGACCUCACCAACAAAGCCCGUGGAACCAAUAAAGCCUACCUCACUGCUCUCAACGAUGUAAUCACGGAGCGUUUGAAGGUCAGGCGAGAGGCGCUGGAAGUGAACAGCCAAACGGAGGAGUCAAAGCAGGAAGCAGAAAGCGGCUCUGUAAAUCCAGCCCAGGACAACGCUGAGCUCUCGGUGCAGCGCGACAAGACGAAGGAUGCUGACCGGGCGGAAGACGCUGGUUCACAAGCCGCAACGGUUCAGCCCGCUACAGAAGAGAGAUGUGUGUCAGCUACCUCCGCCACCCAGAACGUAGCUGGAUCUAAGACAGAAUCACCUGAAUCAAACAACAUAACACAAGCUGCUCCUUCGGGGGGGCAGGAAACCCGCCAGCCAACAGACGAACAGCAGAAGUCAGAGUCUGGCGGUGAAGUUUCUCCCUGUGAUGACUCUCGUGUACCCUCUCAAGAUCAACCACUACAGCAGUCAUCGCAACCAGAAGCAGCGAGUGACGGCAGCCAAGUUCCCGGGUCUGGGAGCCUCAAAAAACCGGAAGCACCUGACCUGGCUGACAGGUCCUCCCAGUCGUCCUUUACCAGCCAGGAUAAAACAGAGGACUAUAAUGAAAGGAUGAAGAACGAGAGGACGGCAGGACAAGAGGUGAAAACCCAAAUACCCAGAGGCAGCAAAGAGUCGUCUCCCGUGCGCUCUGGCGGCGACACUGCAAAGCUCAGCUUCUUGAAAAGGGAGCUGACGGUGAAUUUAAAUAACUUUUUCAAACUGGGUCAAGAGGGUAAAUACAGGGUCUACCACAACCAGUACAGCACCAACCUGCUGGCGCUCAACAAACACCAGCAUCGCGAGGACCACGACAAGAGACGCCACCUCUCCCACAAGUUCAGCCUGACCACCACCUCCGAGUUCAAGUGGAACGGCAACAUCUACGGCUCGCGGACGCUGACCAUCUCCACGCUGCGGCUCACCAUCAUCCAGCUGGAGACCAACGUCCCGGGACCCUUCAUGCACCCCAACUGGGCGUCACACAGAACAAACUGGAAUAAAGCGGUGCAGAUGUGCAGCAAAGCCCGGGAAUUUGCUUUGGCUCUGGCCAUACUGGAGUGUGCUAUCAAGCCGGUGGUGAUGCUGCCUGUGUGGAAAGACUCUCUCGGACACACAAGGUUGCAUCGCAUGACCUCCAUCGAGCGGGAAGAUAAGGAGAAAGUGAAGAAGCGAGAGAAAAAACUCGAGGACGAGGAGAUCUUGCAGCAGGCCACGUGGGUGAAGUACACCAUCCCCAUCAAACACCAGGUGUGGAAGCAGAAGGGAGAGGAGUACAGGGUGACGGGGUACGGCGGCUGGAGCUGGGUCAGUAAGACGCGCGUGCCACGUUUUGUUCCGAAGCUGCCGGGGAACACCAACGUAAACUACCGCCAACAACUGGAAGCAGCUAAAAUGGCAAAACAAAAUGCAGCAGUUUACACGAAUAAGCAGAAAGAGGUGACAGAAAGUGAGAAGCAGGUGGCCGACGAUAAGGAGCCCGCACCUGUCACGGAGUCGUCUCUGAGCGCUUCCUCAGCAGAUGACGGCAAACCUCAGACCGCCAAAGAGGAAGAAACAUCUGCAGAGGAAGAGCAGGAGAGAAAUACAGAAGAGGAAAAAAUGGCGGUCGACUCCUGCCUCAACAAUUCUGCUUCGACCGACAAGAAAGAUGAAGAUGAAAGAAAAGACUCUUCGUCUGUUGAGGAGCAAUCCCAGAUCUCUGAUCAACCCGUAAAAAAAGAAGAAGCCUCAAAAAUCUUCUAUGACGUCGUCAACGUCAGCGAGGGCUUCCAGCUGCGGACGGCUUACAAGAAGAAGGUGAAGCCGUCCAAACUGGACGGCCUGUUGGAGCGUCGGGUGAAGCAGUUCACCCUGGAGGAGAAGCAGAGACUAGAGCGACUGAGGCAGGCAGCUUUCUUGGCCAAAUUAGCUGCCGCAAAGCCGGCGUCCGGGGUCAAGACCGAGGCACCCUCAUUACACAAGCAGCCUGCCGUCAAAGCAGAGGAGACGGAGGACAACCUAAAAGUGAAAGAUCACAUUGUUAAAAAGCUCGACUUCGACCAGGAGCACGUGAAAGCACAGGCGGACGGCGCUGACCUGAAAUCGGACGCCGCUGCGCCCGGCCAGAGUAAACGCGCUGAGGACAAAGCUGCACAUGAGGCCGGUACCCACAAAGAGGUGAACGGAGAACCUGAAACCAACAGCAAUUGCGUAUCGGAUACGAUUGAAAACAGUGAGGUAACGCAGACGCCGGCUCGAGCGGGAGAGAACGCCAAGAAACGUGGGUAUGACGAAAUGCAGCAAAGCAGCGGGCAGAACGACGCGGAGAGCAUCAAGCUAGACCAGGGAAACACCAGUCCAUCACAGGUUAAUGGAAAAACGGCGCCUGUCGACCCCUCAGAUCCCGUCAGUCGAGGCCCAGAUGAGACCAAAGAGCCCCAUAAAGAGUCUGUGAAGUCUCUGCUGAAUGGAAAUCUCUCAGAAAGUAUCCCCGCCGUGGAUCAUCAACCCCCCCUCAAAGUCCCCAAAUUAGAGAACCAUGUGGGAGCUGAGGAAGACUCUCUGAAGAAGAGCAAUGAUUUUGUCAACAGUGACGGGCCGGUGCCUGUUAAGCUUGAAUCCACGAGCUCCUCUGUCCACAAUAGUACAGAAAAUAACAUCAGUAAGCCUGACGGGACAUCCCAGGCCGCAAGCAGCUCCCUUUCCUCCGGUCCGGUUUCCACCAGCCAGUCCAGCUCGGAGGCAGCGGGGUCCCAGAGGAAGAAACACUCCUCCGUCUCCUCCGUCUCCUCGGCCACACCAGCCAGCUCCAUGAUGGUCAGUAAGGAGUACACCACGCGGGACCGCGUCAGCCUCCUCAGGUUCUCCAAGUGCAGGAAGGCUCGCUCGGGCACGGCACUGCCGUCCUACCGCAAGUUUGUAACCAAGAGCAGCAAGAAGAGCAUCUUCGUCCUGCCGAACGACGACCUGAAGAGGAUGGCGAGGAAGGCGGGCAUUCGAGAAGUUCCCAUCUUCAACUACAACGCCAAGCCUGCUCUGGAUAUCUGGCCGUACCCGUCACCCCGGCCCACCUUCGCGAUCACGUGGAGGUAUCGUCUGCAGACUGUGAGGUCGCUGGCCGGGGUCAGUUUGAUGCUGCGGCUGCUGUGGGCCUGCCUGAGGUGGGACGACAUGGCCGUGAAACCCUCUGCUGCCGUAGGAACAACGCGGAAAGAAACGACGGACACGGACAUCAUCACCACAGAGAUCAUUAAGAGAAGAGACGUGGGGCACUACGGCAUCCGCUCAGAAUAUUGCAUCAGGAAGAUCAUCUGCCCCCUCGGAAACAGGGACACUCCCAAAGCAGAAACCCCGACGCCACAGAGGAAAGGUCUGCGCUCAAGUGCCUUGAGGCCGAAGAAGCACGAACCGGCCAAGCUGACCGGGCCGGUCGCUGUGGAGACAUGGGUGCCGGAGGAGGAAAUGGAGCUGUGGGAGAUCAAAGCUUUUGCAGAAAGACUGGAAAGAGAGAAGUCGCAGGGUUCAGAUUCCUCAAAAACUGGCAGCACUCUGAGGACGGCAGAAGAAGUCAAGGCCCAUCUGGAGAACCAGCUGAAACAGGCCAGACUGGCGUCCCAGCAGAAACGUUUCGAGCAGCAGAGACUGAUCACACCCCCCACCAAUUCCACAACGACCCCCCCGCCCACGUCUGCCAGCACGCCUGGUACUCCAUCUUCCACCCCCCAGAGGCCGGGAACAGUAACGCCUGGAGCCAAGAUGGUCCUGGCCUCCAAACUGGGCUCUCCGGUAUCAUUCCAGCAGGACAAGAACUUCCACCAGUCUUUUGCUUCCUGGGUGAAACAGGGUCAGACCACCAACAACAACAGCAGCAGCUCAGGUGUAGGUCAACAGAAAGUUCUGGGCAUUUUCCCCUCUGGGCCUCCUGCGAACCUGAGGACGUACAGCACACUCCAUCCCACGACGGGCAACCUCAACCUCAGAGCUACAACCUCGGGUUCAAACACGCAGGCCGUUGCACAGCCUGGAGCGACACCUACCUCUGUGGGCACAGCGAUGGUCAGAACCUCAGCAAUGCUUCAGCAAGGUCAACCUCGGCCAGGUGUGACCCAGAUGGUCCAAGGAACUGCAGCUGUCCCAGGCUCUCCUUCAACCCCCAGAGCAGGAGGUCCUGCAGCAUCACCAGCUGCCCCCGCGGCUCCGGGACAGUCCCCGGUACCUGCAGCUCAGACCCCGCGACCGCAGCAGGGCCAAGUCAAGCUCACUAUGGCUCAGCUCAUGCAGCUGACGCAGGGGGCGCAGGGAGGAAACCCGGGCCUGACGGUGGUGAUCCAGGGUCAAGGCCAGACCCAGGGCCAGCUCCAGAUCAUCCCCCAGGGUGUGACCGUCAUCCCUGGCCCUGGCCAGCAGCUAAUGCAGGCAGCCAUGCCCAAUGGCCAGGUCCAGCGCUUCCUCUUCACUCCGUUACCUCCCUCCUCGUCCGCUCCAGCUGCAUCUCCAUCUCCCCCUACAGUACCGGCCGCAGCCCCUCAGACCCCUCAAACUCAUGUGUCGACUCCAACUCAAGUGCAAAUCCCCGCUCAAGUCCAGACAACUCCCUCUGCCUUAGCACAAACACAGAUGACAGCCCCCCUGCCUGUCCCCACACACGUUACCAGCUCGUCACAGAAGGGGAGCAUCGCCCCCAGCCCAGCUCCUGCUCCUACCCAGACCCAUGUGGGUGGUCCUGCGGCUCCUCCACCACCACCUGCCGCCCAGGCCCCCCUGCACACACAGUUUCCAGCCACGGCUCCAUCAUCCAUCCCUGCACAGUCACAGAUAUCAGCUCCCGCCCUCCCACACCACUCCACACAGGUUUUAUCCUCCACACCCCCAGCAAAUGUCACACAGCCCCAAGUGGUUAGAUCUGUCGCCGUCUUUCCACAAAGUACAAGCCCAGGGGUGACUCAUAAACAAGUUCUCAUCUCUGCCCCGUCACAAACCCACGUCUGCAAUCUGACGUCCAACUCGCUCCCUUCAGCUGCAGGUUCAGCACCGACACCAGUGCAGGCUGUCCAACCCCCACCCAUCACGGCGGCUCCAGGCCUAACCACCAGUCCUGUACAGGUGCAGGUUGCUGCUCCCACACCUGCCCUAUCUGCUUUUUCAGUCACAUCAGUUGCCCAAGUUGUUGCUACGGCAGCUGCGACUAAUUCAGCUGCCUCGCUCCCUUCACCUGUCCAAGUUCCGACCUCUGCCCUCGCCCCGGUGUCCGCCCCCGUCAUUGCUGUCGUGUCCACCCACAUGGCUCUGCCAUCCCCGGCCAAAGCUCUAACCCACAUCCAGGCUGCGGCUCCAGGUCCCCUCCAUGCAGCUGUGGCCAAUGCCGUGGUCACACCCGUCACCGCCACCUGUACGACACCGUCAGUGCCAGCUCGGAUAGAGCAGAAGGCAGCCCAGCCCCAGGUGUGGACUCCUCCAGCCUCGUCUCCGGCUCAGACUCCCGUUCAGGCCACUCCUGCUUUGACUGUUCCCCUCUCCGCCCCCGUACCGGCUCCCACGCUCUCCCCCGUCACUGCUCUGCCCCAGACAUCCCUGUCGUCUCCGCCUCCAGCACAAGUCCAGCACACCGCUGUGGUUUCCAUGCAGCAGUUGUCCCAGUCGCCCGUCUCAGCAGUGCAGGUCCACAUGAAGGGAUUACCGGUGUCGUCUGUCGUGUCCACCGUGAGGCCCACGCACUCUCCACUUCAACCCCAGACUCAAGCCCAGAUCUGUGCCCAGGUUCAGGUCCAGCAAGUGCCGCACAUCCAGACUCAAGCGCAGCUCCAAGGGCAAGCUCAGAUCCACCCGCAGGUCCGAGUUCAGUUUCAGCCACGGACACAAAUUCAGCCGCACGCUCAGCAAUCACCUCAAGCUCAAGUGCAAACCCUCGCUCAUAUUCAGCCUCAGGUUCAGGUUCAGUUUCAGUCCCCGACCAAGACUUUGCCCCAGGUCCAGUCCCCGACCCAGCCCCAGAUCCGGCCCAGGGUCCAGCCUCAGUACCACCCGCAGAUACAAGCCUCGUUUCAAACCAAGCCCCAGACGCAACUUCAGGCUCCACAGCAGCCUCAGGUACAGACGCAGCCUCAGGUCCAGUCUCAGGCCCAAACACAAGCCCAUAUCCAAACCCAGGUCCAACCCCAGGUUCAAGUCCAGCUUCAGCAGCAAAACCAGAUCCAAACUCAGGCAUCGCAGCAGUCCCAAGUCCACAUCCAACCGCACGUUCAAGUCCAAAGCCAAGCCCAGUUUUCGGUCCAGUCACCUCAGCAGACCCAAGUCUCUCAACAGCUUCAGGUGCCGGCCCAGGUCCAAACAAAACUCCAGGUCCAGUUCCAACCUCAGACCCAGUCUCAAGUUCAAACGCAGCCUCAGAUUCAGGUCCAGUCUCCCAUCAGGCAUCAGCUGAUCACCGUUCCGGGCAUCCAACAGCCGGUCCAGCUCCUCUCAGCGCUGCCGCCACACGUGGCGGCCCAGAUCCAGGCCCAGAUCCAGGCGCAGGCCCAGCAGCAGGGCGGUACAGUUCCCCAGCAGAUAAAGCUGCAGCUCCCCAUCCAGAUCCAGCAAACUGGGGGGCAAAUUCAAGCCCACCAGAUCCAGAACAUGGUGACCAUCCAGGCUCCAGCCAACGUCCAGGAGCAGCUUCAGAGGUUGCAGCAGCAGCAGCAGCUCCAGCAACAACCAAAGAAGAAGAAACAAAGUGAAUCUAAGAGGGAGCAAAAAGACCCCAACAUGCAGGUGGUGAGUCCCAAGGACGGAGUCCAGAAACAGGUGGUGGUGAAGCAGAACGCCUCAGCAGAACAGCUGAAGCAGAAGAAGACCCUGGCUGCAGCCGAGAGAGAGGAGAACCAGAGAAUGAUUGUGUGCAACCAGGUGAUGAAGUUCAUUCUGGACAAGAUCGAGAAGGACGAGAAGCAGGCAGCUAAGAAGCGGAAAAAGGAAGAGGUGGUGGAGCAGAAACGUUCGAAGCAGAACGCCACCAAGCUGACGGCGCUGCUGUACAAGCACAAAGAGCAGCUGAAGGCCGAAAUCCUGAAGAAGAGAGCUCUGCUGGACAAGGAGCUGCAGCUGCAAGUACAGGAGGAGCUGAGGCGGGACUUAGCACGGCUACAGCGAGAGAAGGAGAAAGCUCGAGCCGCCAUCACCCAGGCUGCUGCAGCGACGGUCAAGGCAGCCUCCUCCCAUCUCCCCCAUUCUACACAUUCCUCUCACAGCAGCCACGCCCCGCCCUCAUCCUCCUCAUCCCACAAACGCAAGAGAGAGGAGGAGAGAGACAAGGACAAAACCAGGGAGAGAGACAGGCAUCAUGACAAGAGCAAGAAACGGGACCGGGACAAGGACAGAGACCGACACAGGGACAGAGACAAAGACAAAGACAGGGACCGGGAUCGAGAGCGGGAGAGGGAGCGGGAGCCGGGCCGAGAGCCGGAUCCACAUCGGGACAGAGAGCGAGACAAAGACAGGGAAAAAAGCAAGGAGGGAGACCCCAGCCUGUUAAAACACAAGAAGAAGAAAAAGAAGAUGUGUUCUACCUCAAAGGAUCCCAAGGACACCAAACUGUACUGUAUCUGCAAAACUCCCUACGACGAGUCCAAGUUCUACAUCGGGUGCGACCUGUGCUCUAACUGGUUCCACGGGGUGUGUGUCGGCAUCACGGAGAAAGAAGCCAAGAAGUUGGAGGACUUUGUGUGUAAUGACUGUAAACGUGGCCAGGAGGGAGACAGCAGCAACGAGGAGCUGUACUGCAUUUGUCGGACUCCGUACGACGAAUCACAGUUCUACAUCGGCUGUGAUCGCUGCCAGAACUGGUACCACGGGCGCUGUGUGGGUAUUCUGCAGAGCGAAGCCACUCACAUCGACCUGUACGUGUGUCCGCAGUGUCAGUCGACAGAAGACGCCAUGACGGUCCUCUCGCCGCUCACCGACAAAGAUUAUGAGGGAUUGAAAAGAAUAUUACGCUCGUUGCAGUCGCACAAAAUGGCAUGGCCUUUCCUCGAACCGGUGGAUCCCCACGACGCGCCAGAUUACUAUCGAGUAAUCAAGGAGCCAAUGGAUUUCUCCACGAUGGAAACGCGUUUGCAGAAGCGACAUUACCAGAAGCUCACAGAGUUUGUGGCAGACGUGACCAAAAUCUUUGACAACUGCCGCUAUUACAACCCCAAUGACACGCCCUUCUUUCAGUGUGCCGAGGUGCUUGAAGCUUUCUUCGUACAGAAGCUGAAAGGCUUCAAAGCGAGCAGAUUGUCAGAUUCUUAAGUGGGGCCAGUCUAGCUGGAGUCUGGACUGGAUGCUGAUUUAUCAUGACAUUAAACAAAAAACAAAACACAAACUUUGUUUUCAAAACAGCAAAAGAAAUCAAGAAAAGCAGACACAGGAACAUGCACAAACAAACACCAAAUGUGCUUCUUUUUUUUUCCUUUUUCUUUUUCUCUUAGUUUUUAUAAAGCAAUUAUGGUCACAGUUGGCAGUAAUGAUCAGUAAUCAUGUGCAUCUUCACUAGGUCGUGUUCAGUAGGAUUUUAAUGAGUUUCCAAUUUUGUAUUUAUUUCUGUUAAACAUCUUUAGUUGGAUUGGAAAUGUUGACAUAAAUGUACAAAGCUGCAUAUUUUAUUAUAAAGAAAUAUAUUUAUGAGAACUUUUGUAUGUUACUGCACUCAAUUUGGUUUCCAGUGGGUAUUAAAGUGGUUGUACAUACGUUUUAUCAUGUACAGUGAUUGUGAGAUAUCUGACUGUAUUUGUUUUAAAUACUGAUGGAACCAAUCAUUUUUUUUAGAUUAAUAUUCUUUUAUUACUCUAAAAUCUACUAAAAAGGGUUGAGAACUUUUGUACUUUGUUCCUCAUGUUGCAAAGUAACAUCAGCUGGAAGUUGUAGAGGAUUUCUUCACUAAAACGAGGAAUUCCUCCUUAAUUACAGCGACGUGGCUGCAGGGUCCUACGUCCCACCGUGUUUGCCUCCUCUCUGUCUGAUCGUUAUUGAGGUGUACAACAAUAAACGAAAUGUGAAGAGCUCUCAACUCUCACCCUCUCUCCGCAUCCUGUAGGUCUCAUAACAACAAGCUUCAGUCUUCUUCAGCAUCUUAAAAAAAAAGCAUCGCACAUAUCGCAAACAAAAUGCACUUGCCAAGAAUAUGGCUUUUCUGAACGGUGACUCUGACGCUCCUCCGUGCGACUGGGGCUACCAGCACUGCUGCUUUCACAGGAUCGUUCAGGCAGAGCUGCCCUCUGGCCGUUUUUAAAGCUUCAAGGGGGCGACCUUUACUGGGGGGGAGGAGGAGGGCCCGUCUUCACCAGCGGGCCUGAGCAGAGGAGCGAGAAUAACUGAGGCAUUUCAGAAGAAAGUUUACCUCUGAGAAAAACUCUUAAGGAGAUCUUAUAUUUCCAUGUACUUUAUUUUUUUGUACUUUCAUUGCAUUUUUGUUUUCUUACUUAGUUGGAAGGAAGAAAAAAAAAAAACCCUCCUCAGGCCAUUGUGGUUGUCAUGUCCACUGAAACAGGAACCUGAACACUGACGUACAAUGGCUGAGUUUUACUGAGCAUCAUGUAUCAAGUGUUUAUGUCUGAAUUCAGAUAUCACAGUGGAAACAAUGUUUUUCAUCCAUUUCCACCCAUUGUUUAGUCUGAAGUGGCAUGAGAGUCGGUCCGCACCCGGACAGCGUUAGUCUGUUUGGUUCAACUUCUAUAUAACCUACUGAAAGUAUGGUAAUAAGCUAUUGUAAAUGAUUUGCUUUGCAGUAGUGGCUGACUGAGACAUAUGAAACGAUAUAUUUGAAGGUUCCUGCCCCGUUUGUAAAAUAUUCAUGAGAUUUGGACUUGAUUUCUUUUUUUUGUAUUUCAGCUGAAGAAAUAUUGAUGUAUAUGGAACUUAAUAAAACUGAAAAGACUC